GAAGAAGCCGAGGAUUCCAUAACUGGAAGCCGUUAAGGCUCUUCGCGGUGGAAGUGAAACCCGGAAGAAUCUCAGAAAUCGCAGAGAAUCGAAAUGGCGUUGGAAGAAGGGAACCUUAAAUCUUCAGUCAGCACUGAAGAAGAGAUCAAGAACCCUAACCCUAACUCCAAGGAGGAGGAGGAGGAGAACGACGAUGAUAAGGAGCUGGAGGAGGGAAAGAUCGGCGGGGGUGACGGUGACGCUACGUCUUCUUCUUCCCAGGUGAAAGCGGUUACCUACCAGCCUCACCCGCUCGAGCACUCCUGGACCUUCUGGUUCGAUAAUCCUACUGCCAAAUCCAAGCAAGCCAUUUGGGGUAGUUCCAUGCGCGCGAUUUACACUUUUGACACUGUUGAGGAAUUCUGGAGCCUAUACAACAAUAUACAUCACCCUAGCAAGUUGGCUGUGGGGGCAGACUUUCACUGUUUCAAAUAUAAAAUUGAGCCGAAGUGGGAAGAUCCUGUCUGUGCUAACGGGGGCAAGUGGACCCUAACUUUUUCUAGAGGAAAGUCAGAUAUAUGUUGGCUGUACACGUUGCUGGCUAUGAUUGGAGAACAAUUUGAUCAUGGUGAUGAAAUUUGCGGUGCGGUUGUUAGUGUUAGAGCCAAGCAGGAAAAAAUAGCGUUGUGGACCAAGAACGCUGCAAAUGAAACUGCUCAGAUAAGCAUUGGGAAACAGUGGAAAGAAUUCCUUGAUUACAAUGAUACUAUAGGGUUCAUAUUUCAUGAGGAUGCAAAGAAACAUGACAGAGGUGCCAAGAAUCGCUACACAAUAUGAACUCUGCAUGUGGUUUAUCUCUACCAUAUGUUGAGGUGAUGUUAGAUAUACAUUACAUGGUAGCAGUUUCAUAGCAAAUGAUUCUUGGGGCUUUGAGUUGGUUUUUUUUUUUUUUUCCCUCCACAAAUUAGAGUGCCAGCUUGUAGUUUUAGUCUGACAAUUUCACAUGAUGAUUACUGGUUGCAACCAUUUUUUCUUUUUGUUAGCUAAAAUCUGAUUAACAGUCGAUAGAAUAACUGCUCAGUUCUCAUUGACAUGCAGUUUUUGAUGCACAACUUUUAUAAUCACAGAUGGUUUGGCCAUUGCAGAUGUUCUAUUCUCUGACUGUCUUCCAAUGGUUUAACGGAUGUUAUAUUCACUUCUUUUUCUAGUAGUCUUCCUUGCACACUAAUUUUUUAAGUCAUGUUUGGUUGAAGAAAUGACUAUUUUCUGG